CGUGCACGACCAGGCCAGUCAGGAGAACGGCGGAGCUCAGGUUGCAGGACCGUUCGCAGAUGAAUGAUCGCCCAUGAGAUUGUCGCAGUGGCUCUCAUGUGAUGAUUCCUGUGAUAGACACGGGCUUGGGGUCGAGGAGGAAGGUGCAUUCGGCCCACGGGACAAUGACUUCAUCCGAAAGUGUGACCGCUGAACAACGUUCGGACCUUUUCUCGCAUUUCAAGAGAUCAACAUGGUUCUCCCGCGCAGAAUCCUUCGGCAUGCCGACAGCUUCGCUACCGAGAUUAGUGUAUGCAGCCUUUGAUAUUGGCCACGUUUUCCAGGCGGGAGAAGUGCCAUGGAGCGCAGUCCGCAGCGUGCGUCUGCGGGACGUGCGAGGAUGGCGUCGAGGAACAGAUCUGAUAGAAUGUUCGGCAUUACUUCGUACUCUCUGGCUGCCUUCCGCAGUGUCCACCGCUUGCAGCGCAGCUGUGACGGUGUGCUCGAGUCAAGUUGGCACUUCGGCAGCGUGGGGAGACGAUCCCCGGCGGAGGUCGCCCUGUCCGAAUCGCCUGGCAAAAUAGACACCCUGGCCAUACGCAGAUUGCAGCUGUCUUCAGUCGUCAGAGCGCGGCCACUGUGUCAGGACGACAGGUAUUCUUGUUGCACAGGGGCGCCAAUAAAGGGACACGGUGCGGCGUCGUCGCCUGAUACGAACUCGUCUCUGCCAAUGAGGGGCACCGCGUUCACGCAGCAAAGGGGCGCUCGGGUGCGAUCAUGGACAGAACAACCAACGGUCCGGGAGCGGUGAGACGUGGACGUUUCGUUUGCGUGCCUGUCUGCGAUGCGCGUCCCAGAAGAGUGGCACUGAUCUGCUCAG